AUCAUAGUUGAUCUGAAUUUUUUUUUAAUUUUGAGGUUAACUCUAGUCAUAGGCAUAAAAUUUUAAUAUUUUCUAACUAAAAAUAUUCACAAAUUUAAAUAAUGACUAUUUUUAAAAGUUUCAUUCCCUUUCCAAAGUUUUAUUUAUGGAAAACGGCCAAAAGAUUUAGUAGCAGUCGUAAUAUAUUAAAGUUAAAUGAAAGAGGAAUGUACCAAGAUAUGUUUCCAAAUACUGCAGCAAAUGAAAUACUGAAUUUAUUAAAUAAGUCUCCACAGUGUGUAUAUGCAGGAUUUGAUCCUACUGCAAACAGCCUGCAUGUUGGAAAUCUUCUUGUUAUAAUAAACCUUAUCCAUUGGCAAAGAGGAGGACAUGACGUUAUAGCUUUGUUAGGGGGUGCAACUGGCUGUAUUGGUGACCCCAGUGGAAGAAGUACAGAUAGAAUAGCACUGCCACAGGAUGUUAUUGCAAAGAAUAUUAGUUGCAUCAAAAAUAAUCUUGAAAAUGUUUUUGAAAAUCACAAAAAAUAUAUUUGGUCUGAAGAUGAAAAUAUGUUAAAACCUAUUAAAAUAGUAAAUAAUGAGAUAUGGUACAGGGAAAUUGAUUCUAUUAAAUUUGUAAGCGAAAUUGGGAGAAACUUUAGAAUGGGCACAAUGUUGCUGAAACAAAGUGUUCAAAACAGAAUCAAUACGGAUGUAGGCAUGAGUUUUACUGAAUUCGCUUACCAAAUAUUUCAGUCUUAUGAUUGGCUGCAUUUAUUAAAGGAAUUUAAUUGUAGAUUUCAGAUAGGUGGAAGUGAUCAAAUGGGAAACAUAAGUGCAGGCCAUGAACUUAUUAGCAGGGCAGCUAAGGAAACGGUUUAUGGUUUAACAUUACCAUUAGUAACUACAGAGGAAGGGGACAAAUUUGGAAAAUCAGCUGGAAAUGCUUUAUGGUUGGAUCCUAAAAAGACAAGCCCAUAUAGUUUAUAUCAAUUCUUUAUCAGAACAAAGGAUUCAGAUGUGGAGAGAUUGCUGAAAUUGUUCACAUUCUACAGUUUAGGAGAAAUUAAGGAUAUCAUGUUCAAACAUAAACAACAGCCAGAUCAGAGGUACCCACAGCAGUGUCUUGCCGAUCAGUUAACAACAUUAGUUCAUGGAGAAGAAGGUCUGAGAAAAGCAAGACAAACGACUGAAGCCAUAUACAGUAAAGAUGUGAAGUCUCUGAUUGCAUUAACACCGACUGAUAUGGAACAAAUCUUUGAAGGAGCUGCAAUUAUACAUUUACUUCUGUCCCCGGGUAUAACAGUAUUAGAUCUUGGAAUGAAAGCAAAGUGUUUUCCCACAGAAAGUGAUGCUAUAAGGAUAAUUCAGGCGGGAGGUUUCUAUAUAAACCACCAGAAAAUAAAGAAAAUUGAUGAAGUUAUUACUGAGUCUGCACACAUACUGCCAAAUUUUGUCACAUUAAUAAGAGUGGGCAAACGAAAUUAUUAUAUUGUUAAAUGGCACACAUGAGUUAUUUUUAAGUUGUUUUAAUAUUUUAUUAAGGAUGUUUUGUGUUGUAAAUAAAAAUAUAAAAUAAUUUAUAGA